AUGGAGACAUAUCAGAUGGAAGACAACGAAUGGUGCCAUCUCCAAUACAGAAGAAAGAGAAUGUGGGCAGAAACCUACCUCUAUGGGCAGUUUGUUGCUGGAAUGAGAACAACACAACGCUGCGAGUCAAUGAAUUUCUGCCUAAAAAAAUUCCUUUUGAAGAGAUACACCCUACGUGAGUUCGUUACGGCCAUUGACAUCACGGUGACAAAAAUACGGCACAUCGAAAGAGAAAAUGACUUUACAACGAAGCACACGCUCCCCAAUCUCCCAUCCUCGGAUGCUUUAAGUAUUUAUUAUGAUCAGUGUGCAAAAUUCUACACCCGAGAAAUGUACUACAAAGUGGAGUCGGAAAUCAAAAGAGAAAAUGCGUAUUUCAUCAAUAACUAUGAAGAUCAUGCAAAUCACACUAUCUUCAAUGUUGGAAAUUUUCGAGACGGUCAAACAAGAUAUAAGGUCACUCGCACUCUUGGAACAAACCAUUUCGAAUGCAGUUGCUUAUUCUAUGAGACUAACGAUUACCCAUGUAGACAUAUUUGGGCAAUGAUGAAGUCCUGUUGCGUAAGAAUAAUCCUGAAUUUACUGCUCCUCAAACGGUGGAGCUUGCAUGCAAAAUCCCAUCCGGAAAACAUGGAGAUAAGCCAACCUAUUCAAGAAGAGUCUGUGCAUUGCGAAAUGUCAAGAUUCGGUGCACUUAAUUCAUAUGCUACCAUGAUGAACUUCUACGCGUCUAAGUCACCACAAUAUUAUAACACAACAAAGGAGGAAAUUGCUCGUCUCACUGCCAUUUUCAAGGAAGGUAUGGACAUCCAAGGAGUAUCACAGGGCGCAUCCACGAGGAGAUCGUACCGAGAAAAUCCCAACAUAAUGCAAGACCCAGUUAGAGUCAGGACAAAAGGUCAGGGAAAUCCAGGGCAGUGA